AUGGCUUUCUGGGAGCUAACCCGGGUCUCUCCACCGAGCCCUUUGGAGCUAUGUUACAAAGGAACUAUAGACAGAGAAGGUCGAGGGUUUCCGGUGAUGGGGAUCCACUUCGUCGGUGGGGUGGAGUUGGUCGUGAAUCGUUUUGGGAUGUUCUGGCAGGUUACAGAUGAUGUUUUCUACUUGGCUGUUGUUAGGUCAAACGAUGCGAGUGUUAUUGGGAUGAUGGCUCAACAGGGUUACAAUGUUGGGUAUGAUCUGAAAUCAAUGACUAGCGUCUCUUCGUCGAUAGUGACGGGGUUGAUUAGCGGCAACGGCGAACCUGCAUCUGAAAUAGUGCGAUGA